GCCAGCUGCCCGAGGCUGCUCCGGUACCGUGGCCAGCGAGGCCCUCGAAGCAGCAGCCGCUGCAAGCUCCUCGGCGCCCGAGCGUGUUGCUGUCUUCCGACACUGCGUGGAUUCGAUUUCGGCCCUGCGAGGCGCAGGCCAAGAGCUUUCCUGGUGGAGCGGGCAUGCCGUCGAAGAGGAAGAACAGAUGCUUCAGGACCUGAGCAGGGCUCUGCCUCGCGGCGGUCGCGUGGCGCCGGGCCUGCUGGAGGCCAUGGUGCCCACCCUGCCGGCGCCAACCGAGGUCGUGGCCCGGCAGCUGCCUUCGGUCCUAGGGCCGCGUGAAGGGCUAACCGCCCUGAUGCACUGGCGCGUGGCGCUUCGCAGGGUGGCCGAAGCGGCCCCGACGCCGCAAUUCGCCGUGGAGCGCCUGGAGGGGAGGUUGCUGCGGCUUCUCUCUCUGUGGCUGAACGAAGGCUUUCUUUGCUGUUCCGAAGUAUCGGAAGUGCAGCCGGAUGAGGUCCGAAUCCCUGCUGCAGCAGCUGCGACGGGAGAUUGCCCCGACGGCGUCCAACGAUGCUUCGCACUACAGAUGCCACAAAUGGCCAAGGCCGGGUUCAUAGGACCGCCUCUGCUGGCGCUACACGCUGCCAUGCAGCCUUCGCCCGAUGGUGGCCAACGUGCCCUCAUCUGGUCUUUAGGCUUCUGCGACGAGGUCGUCCCGCCAGGGGCGCUCCGCGGAUUCGGCCUGGGUCGGACUUUGAGGCGUGCUGCCACGGCGCAGCUCCUAGCAGAAGGGGCCGCUGAAGUUGCUGCGGCCGUUCCACUGAAAAGCUUCCGCGCCUGGCUGCGGAGAGUUCAGCCUUGGCGCACGCGCGGACUGCCUGGUGAGGUGCAGGCGCAACUGGACAAGGCGACCUCAGGUGCCGACCUGCCAGAGCUCUCAUUCCGGGAUGCCGCUGGGGACGACGUGUCUUUCCGCCUCUCGCGCCAGCGCCACCUGGAGGUUUCUUUCAACGGCCAAAGCGCCGAGACUGUCCGGCGGCUGAAGUUCCUGGAGGGUGCUGUCUUGGUGUUGCUGGAGACCGGCGGCAUGCAGAUUGACCUGCCCAAGGAGGCAGAGAAGCCAGUCGACUUGGCUCUGCUGAAAGAUCUCGCCUUUGCUGCAGGGCACAUCGGCCCCGAGCUCCGGGAGCCGCUUCUGAACUUCGCCUUCGAGUAUCUCUUCUUUCCCGGCGACGGGCGGGCCUCCGAUCCGCUGGUUCACUUCCACCUGCUUGGCGGUGGCGACUUUGCCUCGCUGAGCUUCGCUGCCACCGAAUCGCCGACGGCCUUGGCGGAAAGCUUCGGAAUCUUCGCCACUUUCCGCUACCACGGCUCCCAGGAUGAGGCUCGGCGAGCCGCCAACUACGCCGAGCGCGGAGUUCGCAUGCUUUUGGAAUGGGCAGCACCACAGCACAUUAAGAUCAGCCAUUCAUAUGCAGAUGCCCGAUUUCGGGGCUGGCAUGGCACCCUGGUGAGGCCGUUUGCCAAGUGUACGCUGAUGCAUGGCGGUACCGUAGGUUACUCGCCCCGGCGGCUUAGGUGGGACCGGUACAAGAGCGGUGAGCAGGUGCGGGGCUUCAGCACCUCCUUCACCCAGCAAGUGCGCGACAAAGCAGCGUCCAGAAAGGUGUCUGGUGGCUGUUUGGUUUACGUGGAUCUGUUGUGGCUUGAGGACCCCCGCGUCCUCGAAUGUGCGCGCAUACUGGCCAAGGAGAAGUUGGCGGUCCCCACUCUGGUCGACACGGGUGACUUGAAGGCCUCCGACAUUCCUGCUGGCGUGGAGGUUCUCAGCCCAUGCCGCGACGACCGCUUGGAAUCGUUCGCUGCUACAUUACAACCACGCCUCUCUCGCCAGGGAGUCCCACCGGAAGAAGCCAAGGCCUGGUUGGCCAAAGCGCCAUUGUACUACGCCGCCACGCUGCUCCACGCGGGAGCGGCAGACUGUGUGGUAGCAGGUUCCAUUGCAUCCACUGCGGAUGUUCUACGUGCUGCCAUCCAUGUCAUCGGACCGCAGGAGGGCCUGCGCACCGUAUCCACGACUAUGCUAAUGGUGUUUGCGGACAAGGUGCUGUCCUUUGCCGACUGUGCGGCUGUGCAGAACCCCUCCGCCGAACAGCUGGCCGACAUUGCUGUAGCAACAGCAGAGUGCCAUCGGAAGCUUGUCAGCGAAAAUCCGCGUGUGGCCCUCCUUUCGCACUCCACGAAAGGAUCUGCCAGCCACGAAGAUGUACAGAAGGUGAUUGAGGCGGGUCAAAUCCUUCGGCAGAGAAGGGUGUCCUUCCAGUUCGAGGACGAGCUGCAGGCAGACGCGGCACUGGUUCCGAGCAUAGGCCAGAAGAAAGCGCCGGAGUCUCCGGUGGCCGGCGACUGCAACGUGCUGGUGUUUCCGGACCUGGACGCAGGCAACAUUGCCUACAAGCUUGUGGAGCGUUUGGGAGGGGCGCAGGCCGUUGGACCCCUUGUGCAGGGCCUUCGAGCCCCGUACAUGGAUCUCUCGCGCGGCUGCUCCGUGGAGGACAUCAUCAAUGUGGCAUGCGCCGCAGCAUUGCUUGCGGAAUGA